AUGCCAACGGCACUUGCCAAGAAAGAAAUGAUGAUCGUCGCCACUGAUUACUUUACUAAAUGGAUCGAGGCCGAAGCUCUAUCCUCUACUAAAAAAGCCGAUGUGGAAUGGUUUAUAUGGAGAAACAUUAUAUGCCGGUUUGGCUACCCACAAUUGCUAGUUACCGACAAUGCCUCACAAUUCAUCGACAAGCAGAUCCUCAGAGCAACGGCCAGGCAGAGGCAUUCAAUAAAAUAA